AAUCCGGAUCCAGCACUGUGUCGCUCUUACGUUAUCAGUCCUACAGUUACCUAUAUGUGUAAUUAUUAAGUCUGUGAAGUGAUACACCAUGGAGGGUGAUUAUCAGUAUCUAGUUUUCUUCGAUUGUCCCAGUCUGGACGCAGAACUAACGAAAAGGAUAGAAAAAUACUUUAAUAUUCGUCGCAAAUCAGGCGGUGGAGACUGCGGAUCGAUAAAAAACAUACGUGGUGAAGUUUACAGCAUUGCCUUCAGAAAGCAAGAUGAUCAGCAAAGAGUGUUGCAGAGGUCUGAGCAUGUGUUGGAGUUUGCAGGAGGUCCUCUGGUGCUGACGGUGCGAGAAAGCCCAGAACUUUCCACCUGCUCUCCCAUCACUACCUCAGCAAGAAGCAAGCCGCUUAGCCCAAUACUGGACUUAACUUCAUUACAGCAGCAGUCCCUUCCUACUUCUUCAAUCCUGCAAACGAGCGGUGAAGAAUAUGAACUGCGACCUGAUCCUUACCUCCUUCGUUACCUAAAGGAAUGCCCUAAAGCUGGGGAAAAACUAAAGAAAGACCUUGCCUCUGUUGACUGCUCUGCUCCACUUUACCCAGAGGAGGGGAAGGUUUUAAUUAGGCAUUUAAAUCAACGUGGUGCUGCGGAUGAAGGUAAAAAUUGGAAAGCAGACGUAGACAAAGUUUUUGAUGUCUACCAAUGCCACUAUGAGGUGGAGCUACACAGAGUUAAAGCUUUGCUUCAGUCCAGCAACUUCCAUCAGACCACAGAUGAAGUUAAGGUGUACAGCGAGGUCGGGAUGGCUGUUGUUGUUGGGGAACGUUCCCAGGUGAACGCCAGGUUGGUUAAUGUAGAGAACUUGUGUGUUAAACGAGGGUCAGGUUUAAGUGAGAAGCGAACUCGACGACUAGGUGAGGCCAAACUCCGUCUACUCUGGAAAGAGAUUGAGCAAAGUUUAGGAAGAGAUUUUCCAGGAGUGAAAGUCACGCAGGGAGCUGCAGGUCAGUUAGUUUUGGAAGGUUCUGUAGAGGAGAUUCUUCAGGCUGGCGACUGGAUCUCUGAACAGGAAAAUUUGGUGUUAGAAAGGACCAUUUCUGACAUGAGCCCACACUUUUUGGCUUUCUUGAGAAAGGCAUACGGAGGGCCAGGGGUGCUAGGUGACUUUUUAGGGGUUGGUGACAAGGUGGAAAUAGAAAUACGAGACACAGAGCUACGAUUCUUUACAUUCGCUGCUGAUAAACUGGAUGACACAGAAAAAAAACUGCACAAAACAUUCAAGGAAGUUAAGAUCAAUGUUCCUAACUGCUCUGCUGUGCCAUCUGAGCUUCGGGAAAAGCUUAAGUCCAAGACAAAUGAGAUGAACGAAGGCCAAUGCAGGGCUCAGGCUGUGUUUGGCUCAAACAGCACGGUGUGGUUGCUGGGCCAUACCAAAGAGGUUGAAGAGCUGAAUGAAGCUGUCACACAAUUUAUUUUGGACCAGUCAAGCAUAGAAGGCAAAGUCAUUCUCCCUUAUCCAGAGUUAGUACAACUCUUACCAGAACUGCUGCAGCUACAUGGCUUUGACUAUUCAGGGGUCACCUUCCAUACUUUGGCAUCUUCCUCCAUGCCUGUAGUGUUGCUGGAAGGUCCAAGUGGCAAAGUGACUGGAGUCAAGAAUAGGCUUGGUCCAUUUGUGAACUCGCUUGUGCAGGACAGAGUUUCCAUUGACCUGCCAGGAGCAGUGAGGUAUUUCGAAAGCCCCUCUGGAAGAGAGACCAUUUUAAGUGUUGCUCGUUCUCAGAAGUGUCUUAUUCAGCUUCAAGAACAAGCUCACGCUACUAGACAGAUUUUGGCAUCUGGUGCACAGUUAAUUAAAGGAAGCACAACAGUUGCUAGUUACAGCCUUCGUGACGGAUUCCAAGUGCUGGUGUGUCAGGGCGACAUCACCAAACAGGAGGCUGAUGCCCUGGUGAAUGCUGCCAAUGAAGAUCUGAACCACAGUGGAGGGGUUGCUGCUGCCCUGAGUAAAGCAGGUGGUCCUCAGGUGCAGAGGGAGAGCAGAGAUAUAGUAAAACAGAAUGGAAAAAUUCCUACAGGUGAUGUGGUGGGGACCACAGGAGGGAACUUAAAAUGCAAGAAACUGCUGCACGCUGUUGGACCUGUAGGUGGAAAAUCGGGUGGCAAAGAAAGGAUGGUGCUGGAAAAAACUGUCCAGACUGCUCUGAAUCUUGCAGAGGCAAUGGAGUUCAGGUCUAUAGCCAUGCCCUGUAUCAGCUCAGGUGUGUUUGGUGUUCCUGUCAUUGUGUGCUCUGAGGCUAUAGUAUCUGCUGUUAAGAGGUUUGGCAGUCAGGGAGGAAGAAGUCUGAGAAGAAUCAUCCUGAUUGAUAACAGAGAAGAGGUGGUGAGGGCCAUGCAGGAAGCAUGUGAUCGGCUACUUCGAGGGACAAGAACUGAAAACAGCGCACAAAGAGAUCUGGAUUUCCAGAUGGAUGCUGAUGCCCUAGACACAAUGAGAGAAGCCACUGUUGGAGCUCCUGGAAAUGGUGUCCUCAUAGAGAUCAUUCAGGGUAUCAUCGAGACCCAGCAGGUGGAUGGCCUAGUAUCCCCCAUGGCUGGCCAUGAUCCUCUCUCUACCCGUGUUGGAAACGCUUUGUCCAACAUGGUUGGACCUCAGUUGGCUGCAAGGUUUCAUAAUGAAGCAGGAGGAGCAACUCUGCCUGGUCAGACAGUCCUGGUGAAGGGCUUACCUGUACUUCAGUCCAAAGGGGUGUUCUUCCUCAACCUCCUUCCUUGGGAUAAUAACCAACAUGGAACUGCAGUCCAGGCUCUGAGACAGGGCAUCAGAAAAAUUCUGGCCUCCUGUCAGGACACAGGUUUUAGCUCAGUUGCUCUCCCUGUGCUUGGGACCGGUUCUGUCCUCCGUUUUCCUCACAGCGUGACGUCAAGGGUUAUACUGGAGGAGGUCCGUGAAUUUGAACAAGUCAGCACAUCAUCUUUCUUGGUCCGAAUUGUCAUUCAUCCCAAUGACAAAGAAUCUAGCAAGGCCUUCCAGUCUGUCCAGGACACGUUGCAUCUGAGAGGUUUCACGAACGAUGCUAACCCAGAGCAAGCCUCCUUUUACCGCCACGUCUCCAUAACGGAUUAUGAGGUCACAGCUAUGCUGGGUGAGGUCAGGCUUCAGAUGGUCCGCGGGGACAUCAUUCAUGAGAGCACUGAUGCCAUUAUCAACACAACAGACUUUUCCAGCAACCAGUCGGGUGUGUCCAAAGCUAUUGUAACAGCAGCAGGGCCAUCUGUCCAAGCACAUUUAGCUCAAGUGGGGGUUCCUGCAGACUGUAUGUGCACCACAGGACCUGGCCUGCUCGGCUGCAGGGAAAUCAUUCAUGCUAGUUUUAAGAGUGACCCUCAAAUAAUUCGGAAGAAUUGCAAAAAGAUACUGAAGCAGUGUGAGACCAAAGGAUACCGAUCGGCGGCCUUCCCAGCUAUCAAUACUGGUAUGGGUGGUAUGGACUCUGUCAAAGCUUGUAAAGCCAUGCUGGAUGGCAUGACCUCAGCGAUCACGGACUUGAAACCAAAUUCACUCAAACUCAUCCGCAUUGUCAUCUUCCAGCAACCGGUCUUCCAGGCUUUCAGAUCAGAGCUGGAGAGGCGCUUUGGGCAACCAGCCGCUUGUCACCUCAGCCUCAGAGAAAAAGCUAAACAAAAGCUCAAGAAGUGGCACGACAAGUAUUCAAAAACCUCCACUACUUCAGGACCUCGAGACAAAACCUUCCUCUCCUCGAAGCCGCCACCAGCUGUGAUAGAAGUGAUAGGUUGUAGUUCAGAGAGCAUCAAAACCCUCAAGAGAAAUUUGGAGGGGACCCUGCAGAAGCAGCUAGUGGAAAGAGAGGUGGAUGUGCAUGAUUUUUCCAGGCUUAAUGCCAUGGAGCUGGAGGCAGUGCAGGCAAAAGUCAAAAUCUUAGGAAUAAGCCUGGAGUACAAGAGACGUCAAAGUCCUGAACGUGUAACUGGCAACAGAGCAGGAAACACAGCUAGAGCUGAAGUGAGAGAUCGGUCAGGGUCUGAGAGAGAGGUGUAUGUGCUGAAGGGCCUAAAAGAGGACGUGUUAAGCGUCACUGAGCUUAUAAACAAGGCGUUUCAGAAAGCACUUUGCGAAGACCUCCAAGAUAAAGAAGAAGCGAUGUUGGCUCUCAGUGUUCAGUGGUCGAUUCAGGAUGUAAAUAAAGUCUGGCAAGAGCUGAGUCUGCAUGACAACUACAUCCUGGAGGAGGCUCACAUGAUGAAACAAGUGUUCGUAGAGAUGAUGGGACCAGAAGGCAUGAUGGUGAAAGUAAACCUGAAGUCACAAGAAGCCACAAAUUGGCUUACGGGCAUCACUUACAAAGUGAAAAGGAGCGAGUCGGAUGCAGGCUUGGAGUUGCCAACAAAUUGGGAGCCAAUGCAUGGAGAAAUCUUUAAAAAGGUGGAGCUGCAACCUAACUCACCAGAGUACCAGGCUGUAGCCCAGGGUUUCCUCAAAACGGCUAAAUACAACAUUCAGAAAAUUGAGCGCGUGCAAAACGUCUACCUGUGGCACGCCUAUAGUGUGUGUAAGCAGCGCAUAUUUGCAAAGAACGGUCCAGCAGAACUUGGGGAGAAGUCUCUCUACCACGGCACAUCAGCACAGGCAUGCAGCUGCAUUGAAAAGGACAGAUUCGACAGAAGCUAUGCAGGAACACACGCUGCUGCAUAUGGAAAGGGAGUUUACUUUGCAGUCAGUGCAGAGUAUUCAGCACACAGAUUUUCCCCACCAGACGCGUCAGGCCUGAAGCGGCUGUAUGUGGCUCUCGUCCUAACUGGCCGUUACACAGUCGGUAAUUCCUCCAUGAAAGCAACUCCUCCUCGAGGCCAAGACCCCACAGACUGCUACGACAGUUUGGUGAACAGCCUGCAGCAGCCCGCCAUGUUUGUGAUCUUCCACGAUGACCAGGCCUACCCAGAAUACCUCAUCACCUUCAAAUGAGUGAAACCAAAAAAAUGGUUCAGUUCUCUACUGUGACAAGUCAGUCGCCAGGAAACAUAUUGUUUGUUUCUGCAAACCAAGUAUAUGUCACAUUUUUACAUGAUUGUAGCAUGAUAUGCUGAAAUAUAGAUAUAUAAUAUAGAUAUGCUGAAACUUUAUAUUUCUUUAAACUUAAAUUUAGUACUCCUACUACGGCUUUUGGGAGCAUAAUCCCCACUGGAAACACAGUGAUGUCUCUGGAAAAAAACAGCUGCUUUUUGUGGCUCUAUCCAGGCUGGAAACACAGUUAUGCAGCACGUCUUGUUAAAAAACGAUAGAUUCUUGUGGUUCUGUCCCAGCUACAAAAGCAACUAUAUCUCAGCAUAUAAAAAACUAGUUCUUGUGACACAAUCCUGCAUUGACAGCCUUGUGAAAUCAAACGAACAGGUGCAAUUCAAAAUACAAAACUCUAUUUUCCUAUUUUUUUCUAUUUUCCCUCAGAGAUCCCAAACUUUUCCAGGCUGGAAAAUUGGUAAUUCUCUCCAAAAUGUUGGUGAAAUGUUUAUAAAACUAAAAUUUACUGGGAAAAUCUAUGGUUUCAGAGGUUAAAACUAUCCAAACAUUUAAUUUAUUUAUUUUUAUGGUCUAAUGUCUGUACAGUGAAGUAAGGGAGGAGUCCAUAGUAAAGAGAUUUCUGGCAUCAUGAAAGUAACAAGGAUUUUUCUUUGAAGGGUGCAAAAUAAAGCAUUUACAUAC